AUGACGAGAGUCCUGGCUGGUCCAUACUGCACGCAAAUAUUGGGCGAUCUUGGAGCAGACGUAAUCAAGAUUGAGCAUCCUACAAGAGGUGAUGACACGAGGGCAUGGGGUCCGCCUUAUGCCAAAUAUCUCAACAAUCAAGAAGGACCAGGGGAAAGUGCUUACUACUUGGGUGUCAACCGUAACAAACGAUCAAUAGGUCUGUCUUUCCAGCAUCCAGCCGGCGUGGACAUACUGCACCGUCUCGUAAAAGAAUGCGAUGUACUUGUUGAGAAUUAUCUUCCGGGUUCGCUUGCAAAGUAUGCCAUGGAUUACGAUACAGUUUCAAAGAUAAAUCCAGGUAUAAUCUACGCAAGCAUCACGGGCUACGGCCAAACAGGACCUUACAGAAAUCGAGCUGGUUAUGAUGUCAUGGUCGAAGCUGAAUUCGGUCUGAUGCACAUUACCGGUACCCGAGAUGGCCCACCAGUCAAGGUUGGGGUAGCAGUGACCGACCUAACAACCGGUCUCUAUACGUCGAACUCCAUUAUUGCUGCAUUGUUCCGUCGCCUGAGGAAUCCUAAAUCCAAGGGUCAGCACAUUGACGUGGCCCUUUCUGACUGUCAAGUAGCCACAUUAGCCAACAUCGCCAGCUCCAGUCUCAUCAGCGGACAGCGUGACACUGGUCGCUGGGGAACUUCGCAUCCUUCAAUUGUGCCUUACAAAGCCUUUAAAACAGCAGAUGGAGACAUCCUCCUAGGGGGUGGAAACGAUAGGCUGUAUGGCGUACUGUGUAAUAGGCUGGGAAAGCCUGAGUGGAUUCUAGACGAAAAGUUCAAGACGAAUGCGAUGAGAGUACAGCAUAGAGAUGAACUAGAGGAACUGAUCGAGACUGAGACAAGGAAGAAGACAACAAAGGAGUUGCUUGACGUUUUCGAGGGCAGUGGGAUGCCUUAUGCUGCCAUUAACGAUAUACAAGACACCUUGAACCACGAGCACGUUCUCGCUCGAAACAUGGUCAAAGAAGUGGACCAUCCAACAUGCGGGCCCAUCAAACUGGUCAACACGCCUGUUAAAUGGUCAGAGACGAAACCCGAGAUUCGUUUACCACCGCCUACACUGGGACAGCAUACGGACGAGAUUCUGAGCGACACAUUGGGCAUGAGCAAGGACGAGGUUAAAGGAUUACGAGCUGAGGGAGUUGUAGCAUAA